GAGUGCGAUGAUGAAGAUGAUGAUGAUAUCGAGCGGCGGCACUGCUCUCCAAACCUUGAGGCUCGCUCCAUCUCUUUGCAAGCCUCCAUCCCUGCAAACCCUAACCCGUUAUCGCCAUGGCCUCUUUCGAGGGCCUCGCUUGCUGCCAUCUCUGCUCCGGGCCGUCUCCUCUCCUGCUCUCCAGCCGUCCUCUUCGGGCGUGGAGGAUGAGAAAGUGGUGGUGGCAAAGCCUCAGUGGAAGGCGGCCAUAGAUUUCAAGUGGAUUCGGGAAAACAAGGACCUUGUUGCGGGAAACAUUAGGAACAGGAACUCCAGUGCCAAUUUGGAUCUCGUGCUUGAGCUCUAUGAGAAGUAUCUCGGUCUUCAGAAGGAAGUUGAACGGCUUAGGGCUGAAAGAAAUGCUGUUGCCAACAAAAUGAAAGGAAAACUAGAGCCAUCUGUGCGUCAGGCUCUUGUUGAAGAAGGUAAGAACUUGAAAGAGGCACUUGUCACCUUGGAAGAAGAUCUUGUACAGCUGACUGAUAGGCUCCAACAAGAAGCCCAAUCUAUUCCAAAUAUUACUCAUCCAGAUGUUCCUAUUGGGGGCGAGGAAAGUUCCAUAGUGAGAAAGAUGGUUGGCUGUCAACCAGAAUUUACCUUUACAGUGAGAGACCAUCUUCAGAUUGGAAAAGACCUAGAUUUGUUCGACUUUGAUGCAGCAUCUGAGGUCAGUGGAUCAAAGUUUUACUACUUGAAGAAUGAAGCUGUUUUAUUGGAAAUGGGCCUUAUCAAUUGGGCACUUACAGAAGUUACAAAGAAGGGGUUUACACCUCUAAUUACCCCGGAGAUUGUUAGGUCAUCUGUUGUUGAGAAGUGUGGCUUUCAACCUCGUGGGCAGAAUACUCAGGUUUAUUCUAUCGAAGGCAGUGACCAAUGCCUAAUCGGAACUGCAGAGAUUCCUGUUGGAGGCAUCCAUAUGGAUUCAAUUCUUCCUGACUCUGCCUUGCCUUUGAAAUAUGUAGCCUUUUCCCAUUGUUUUCGUACUGAAGCUGGUGCUGCUGGUGCUGCUACAAGGGGUCUUUACCGAGUACACCAGUUUAGCAAAGUUGAAAUGUUCAUUUUCUGUCAACCAGAAGACAGUAACAUGUACCAUGAGGAGCUUAUUCAGAUUGAAGAAGAUCUUUUCACAUCGCUUGGUCUUCAUUUCAAGACAUUGGAUAUGGCAACUGGUGAUUUGGGUGCACCUGCUUAUCGUAAGUUUGAUGUGGAGGCAUGGAUGCCUGGCCUAGGUCGGUUUGGUGAGAUAUCAAGCGCUUCAAACUGCACAGAUUAUCAGAGCCGGAGGCUUGGCAUUCGAUUCCGACCAUUUUUGUCAGAUGCUUCUCCAGCUAACUCAAAGAAAGGCAAGGGUAGUGCUGCUCCGACCCAGUUUGUGCACACUCUUAACGCCACUGCCUGUGCUGUGCCUCGGAUGAUUGUGUGUCUACUGGAGAAUUUCCAGCAAGAGGAUGGUUCAGUGUUUAUUCCAGAGCCACUGAGGCCUUUCAUGGGCGGGCUUCAAGUUAUCUCCCCAAAAUUCAAGUAAAUAAAGAGGGAAACCUCCGCCUUGCUUUUGAUCGGGGAGACGAGAAUCAUUUUGGCAUUUUGGCUUUUCUUUUCCUUCAGUGUUACUGCCAUCGCAUGUAACCCCAUAAGACUGACAUUUAUAUUUAUUAUUUUUUAUUCUGAGACAUGAGACUGACAUCCACAUAGAUUAUUAAUGGGCAAAAUUUUUUGAGUUUCA